AUGCGAAAAUGAGAUAGUUUGAAUAGGAGUCACUCCUUUCACCGCAAAAUGGAUCAUCUUUAUCUUCCUUUCUCACACAUUCUCAUUCCUUUCUCAAAUAUCUUCUUCUAACUCUUCAAAUCCAUUCAUUCAUUCAUUCUCUCUUAUAACUCUCUCUCUUCAAUGGAAGGUACCCUUUUCCCUAAUAGACCAGUUCUACCACUUCCCACAAAAAAACCAACUCAAACAUUGAAAUUCAAACCAACAACAUUUUCACACUCUCCACCAUCACAAACACCAUCAUCACAAACACCACCUUCAUUGCAUUUAGAUUCUCUUCUUAACCAUCUAAAACACCUUUCUUCAACUCCUAUUGUUACUCACACACAAACACUUGUUCCUCAACCCAACAAUACCCAUUUUUCUUCUAUUGAUGAAAAUGUUCAAGAGGGUGGUGGUGGUUAUACAAAACGACCCAGUUUGUCUUCUGUUGAUUAUAACCAUUUUGAUGAUGCAAAGUUUGUUUUUUUAUCUGAUAAAACUAGGUUUAUGUUGAAUUCAAUUGUUGGGUAUUCUUUGAAUGACUUGAUUGAGUUUUUCAAUUCUGUCAAAUUUGAAUUACUUGACUCUGAUAUUACUAGUUUGUUGAAGGCUUUGGAUCUUUCUGGGAAUUGGGAAAGAGCUUUUUUGUUGUUUGAAUGGGUUUGGUUGAAUUUUGGGUCUGAAAAUAAGAAACUAGAUGAUCAAUCUGUUGAACUUAUUGUUAAGAUAUUAGGUAAAGAAUCACAGUAUUCAAUUGCAUCUAAGCUGUUUGAUAUAAUUCCUGUUGAAGAAUAUUCACUUGAUGUAAGGGCUUGUACUACUGUUCUUCAUUCUUAUGCAAGAACCGGUAAGUAUAAACGUGCUAUCGAAAUUUUUCAGAAGAUGAAAGAGACUGGUCUUGAACCUACUUUGGUUACUUAUAAUGUUAUGCUUGGUGUUUAUGGCAAAAUGGGUCGGUCUUGGGAUAAUAUUUUGGAGUUGUUGGAUGAGAUAAAGAGUAGAGGGCUUGAGUUUGAUGAUUUUACAUGUAGUACUGUGAUAUCUGCUUGUGGGAGAGAGGGUAUGCUUGAUGAAGCAAGAAAGUUUUUCGAUGAUUUGAAAUUGAAUGGAUAUAAACCUGGAACCCCUGCAUAUAACUCUAUGUUGCAUGCUUUCGGGAAGGCUGGAGUUUAUGUAGAGGCCUUGAACAUCUUUAGAGAAAUGGAGGCUAAUAAUUGUGAGCCUGAUGCUAUUACUUACAAUGAGCUUGUGGCAGUGUAUGUAAGAGCUGGGUUUCAUGAUGAAGCUGCUUCUGUUAUUGAUAGAAUGGCAAGCAAAGGAGUUGUGCCGAAUGCUAUUACUUAUACAACCGUGAUAGAUGCCUAUGGUAAAGCGGAUAACGAGGACAAGGCUUUAAAGGUGUUUGGUCAGAUGAAGGAGUUGGGUUGUGUUCCUACUGUAUGCACAUACAAUGCUGUUCUUGCAAUGCUAGGCAAGAAGUCAAGAUCAGAAGACAUGAUUAAGAUUCUGUGCGACAUGAAAUUGAGUGGGUGUCCUCCUGACCGUGUAACGUGGAACACAAUGCUUGCUGUAUGUGGUGAGAAGGGUAAGCAAAAGUAUGUUAACCAGGUUUUAAGGGAAAUGAAAACCUGUGGAUUUGAGCCUGAAAAAGACACAUUCAAUACAUUAAUUAGCGCCUAUGGUCGGUGUGGGUCCGAAGUUGAUGUUGCAAAAAUGUACGGGGAAAUGGUUUCAGCCGGCUUUACUCCAUGCAUAACGACUUACAAUGCUCUUCUAAACGCUCUUGCUAGGCGAGGUGAUUGGGAAGCGGCAGAAUCCAUCAUUCUCGACAUGAGGAACAAGGGCUUUAAGCCGAACGAAACUUCGUACUCGCUUUUGCUUCACUGUUAUUCUAAAGCUGGGAAUGUCAGGGGGAUAGAGAACGUUGAAAAUGAAAUUUACGAUGGUCACGUCUUUCCUAGUUGGACACUUUUGAGAACCCUUGUCCUUACAUACUACAAGUGCAGACAGCUUCGGGGAAUGGUAAGGGCAUUUGAUCAGUUGCAAAAGAAUGGAUACAAACUUGAUAUGGUUGUAAUCAAUUCCAUGCUUUCGUUGUUUGUCCAAAACAAGAAGCUCGAGAAGGCACAUGAAAUGCUAGAUCUUAUUCGCAAUAGUGGGUUGCAGCCGGAUCUUGUGACCUAUAAUAGCUUAAUAGAUUUGUAUGCUCGUGUCGGUGAUUGUUGGAAAGCAGAAGAAAUGCUCAAGGAAAUUCAAAACUCCGGUCUGACUCCAGAUGUCGUGUCUUACAAUACGGUCAUCAAGGGAUUUUGUAAAAAAGGGCUCAUGCAAGAGGCCAUCAGAAUUCUUUCGGAGAUGACUAAAAAUGGAAUUCAACCAUGUCCUAUUACAUUCAAUACUUUCUUGUCAUGCUAUGCAAAGAAGGGUCUUUUUGCUGAAGCAGAUGAAGUCAUUAGAUAUAUGAUUGGACACGGUUGCAUGCCAAAUGAGUUAUCUUACAAGAUUGUAAUUGAUGGUUAUAUUAAAGAGAAAAAGCAUAAAGAAGCAAUGGACUUUGUGUUUAAGAUUAAGGAGAUCGAUAUCUCUUUUGAUGAUCAAUCUUUGAAAAAGCUAGCUUCUUAUAUUAGGGAGAGUUUGGGGACUUAACUUUGUUAAAUAAGUCCUUGUUUUUGUUUUCCUUUUCUUAAUUACCUUGGCCAACUACAGUUCCAUUUGUACUAUAAAUCUUAAUAAUUGUAUCAUUCUUUAGAAAUUUCUUCAAUUGCCUCUGGUCCAGAAUUGCUUCUCAGAAACUUACUGUGUUUGUGUGGAUGGCCAUCCUUGACAGAGUUCCAACAAAGAUCAACCUGCAUAAAAAAGUUUUUCACAUCUCAAUUGAAAAAGGUGCUAAUAGUUGAGCUGUUUUUAAUUCAGUUUUUUCAAAAUGUUGUAUAGCUAUUUUCUGGCUGAAUUUGAGGAUGGCUCAGAAAAAGAAGUUCAAGGAAAUUGGCAAACUUGCAUGGCUUACCAUCACAUGGUCGAUACGGAUACAAAUGAACAAAACUGUUUUUGAUUGGUCUCUGCUAAAUUUGGUUCAAGUGGUGGAGAUGAUUGAGGUUAAGAUAUGGUAAUGGCUUGAAGCAAGAACUGAAGUUGAUACAAUGUCUUUCUCUGAAUGGUGAAUAAAUCUCAAUUCCUGUUUAUCUUCUUAUUGCAACUAUUAGGUUGGAGAUUGUAGCAGGAAACAAACUCCAUCUAUUGUAUUAUAUUUGAUGUAAAUGGGUUGAAUCCUCCUUGCACUCCGUCUUAAUAAUAUUUUUUUUUUGCUCUAUAGAAACGAUUAUCAUUCCAUAAAAAGAAGUAAAUGAAAUGUGUGAUCCUUUGUGUUUUA